AUGGAGAUGCUUUCGCGUCCAACAAGCUUCUUCUCCCUAGCGGAUCGGAGCGGCCUAUCCUUCGAGAAACAGAUGUUCGACAGUGCAAGCAUUCGAAAACCCACAGCGGGUUGCCCACCACGCGGGGCCAAUAAAGGCGCGACCCAUUGGGAGCUGAGAGCGCCUAUAUCCAUUUAUUUUAUCAUUCUGAUGAUGCUCCUACGGCAUAAGCACCAGCCAAUACAGUUUCAGACUGCUUAA